GUUGGAGAAUCCUUCUCCUGUUGGCGGUAGCAAAGGACGACAGGACACGAAAUCGCCUGUUCAAAAUUUGGACAGUAAAUGCAACGCAUACUGUUUUUCGCUGCUCAAUCCAAUCCUCGAAAACAAUGCACAAGUUAAAGCGGAAGCAGAUUACUUAAAAAAUAGGUCAAGCACUAUUGAAGACCUCCAAAAUAAGUUGGUGUUUGCUAACAGUCAAAUAAAAUGCAAGGAUGAUGUUAUUAUGGAGAAAAAUGAAAUAAUUAAGGAAAAAAAUGAACUUGUUAUGGAACAACUAAAGAUCAAAGAUGAUAUAGUAAACAUAGUCAAAAACUUACAGAGUCAGUUGGCAAAUGCCGAGUGUAAAAUACAAAUCAAUGAACUGGUAAAUUCAAAGAAUAACGAAAUUAAUGAGCAUAUUGUGCAAUUUAAAAACAUUGAGAAUUUAAUAAAACUAAGAGAUGAAACAAUCAAACUGCUAAAUGAACAGAUAAGGAACAAAGAUGAAAAAGAAAUUAUUAUAACAGCAAAAAUAAAAGACUUGCAAGCCCGAUUGGAAAGUGCCGAAGAGCUUUUAAGUAUUAGAAACAAAGAAAUUAGUGUCAAAUCUGAAGAACUUAGAAUAAUCUUGGACCAAAUUGAAAAAAUAAAGACGAAUGAUGAGAAGGUGAAUAAUAUGACAGCAAAUGUUGACUACUUAAAAAGUCAGUUAGUAAAUGCUGAACUUCAAAUCCAAGCCAAGGAAGAUAUGUUGAAUACCAAAGAUAUGGAACUGAAAAGCAAAGAAGACCUCAUAAGGAUCAAAGAUGAUGAAGCUAAUGUCAAGAGUAAUCAACUCAAGGUCCUGAGUGAACAGAUUUUACUCAAAGAUAUAACGAAAGACAGUUGUCCAAAAGGACGUCCGAAUGGAAUUUACAUAAUAAAAACCGGAAGGACUAUGUUUGAAGCUCCCUGCAAUUCUUCGGGUUGGAUGACUAUUCAAAGGCGGCAGGAUGGAUCAGUCAGCUUUAACCGAUACUGGGACGAUUAUAAGAAUGGAUUUGGAGAUCUUAAGACAGAAUUUUUCAUUGGGUUGGAGAAACUUUACCAGCUAACUAAAAAACCACACGAACUCUACAUUAAGCUAGAACUUAAUGGGACCUCUAAAUACGCUCUUUACGAUGAUUUUAAAAUUGGGAGCGAGCAGCAACAAUACGAGCUCAGCACGGUAGGGGAUUAUUCUGGGACAGCCGGAGGUGCCCUAGAAUAUCAUACGAAAAUGAAGUUCAGCACUGCUGAUCGGGAUAAUGACCACAGCUUUGGAAAUUGCGCUAAAAAACAUGCAGGCGGUUGGUGGUUUAAAAAUUGUCUUACUAGUCACCUCAAUGGAAAAUACUACACAAGUGGAUUUGCUCCACACGACGGAGUUAGUUGGUUAAACUGGAAUAACGAUCUUAAGACGUCCUUGACAUAUGUUGAAAUGAUGAUUAGGCCUUUUUCCUAAUUUUUUUCAAUUUGACUGAUAAACGUGUAUAAAUAAUAAUUUAUAUAUCGAACAUGAAUUCUUUAAAUUGUUAUGUCAGUAAAAUUAAUGAUUGAUUUUGUGUU